AUGGCAAAAAUAAUUGAUAGAGCAAAAUAUAAGAUUGUUAUUAUGGGAGAUAGUGAUGUAGGAAAAUCUUCAUUAGUGAAAAGAUUUGUAGAAGAUGCUUGGAGUGAUGAAAAACCAGCCAAUCAAAGUAAAGGGGUUUAUGUUACUAAAGAAAUAACUGUAAAUAACCAAACAAUUAAAUUUGAAAUUGUUGAUCUUGCUUUUGAUGUUGAGGCUACUGCAUCUGAUUUUUCAGGGGCAAAAGGAUGUAUUGCUGUAUUUGAUUAUUCAUCACCAGAUACAAUUCAAAACGUACGUAAUUUCCUUGGGAUUGCUGAUCGAUUUGUUUCUGAUGAUGGAUUCCUUAGAUGUAUUAUAGGUAAUAAAGCUGAUAUGGAAAAGAAAGUUGAGGAAUCUGUUAUUGAAACUAUUAAAACAUCAUUAAAUGUUUCAAAAGUAUAUGAAUGUUCUGCUAAAACAGGUACUGGAGUGAAAGAAAUGUUUGAAGAUAUUGCCAAGAGUCUUAUUGAACAAAAUGCACCUGUUGAUAAUAAUAAAGGUAAAAAAGGAAAUAAAGCUAAGAAAGAAAAGAAAAGAGGAUGUUUACUGCUUUAA